GUGUGUGUGUGUGUGUGUGUGUGUGUGCACGUGUGUGUGUGUGCGCGCGUGUGUGUGUGCGUGCGCGUGUGUGUGUGUGUGUGUUUCAGCCCUUGAGUGCCAUGCAUACAGGGACCUUUGAAAUGUUUGGAUCCUUUUUUUGUGUGUGAGAGAGGGAGAGGGAGCGCUCAGAGCUCAGAGAGAAGAGGGAGCGCUCAGAGUGUAGAGCACAGACAGAGAAAAGGAGUGUGUUCAAGAGAAUGUGUUCAAGAGAGUGUUCACUAGAGAAAGAGAGAGAGAGCGAGAGAGAGCAGGCACACAGACACAGAGGGCUGUGAUCACAUGCUUCUUUCUCUGCACAGCACGCUGUUUUUGUUUAGCCUCUCUGGUGCAGCUGAGAGCGAGAGUCGCUCACACUGUCAGAGAGCACCGCUGCCUAAGCUUGAGUGGAAAGUUUCCACAGCAUGACCAGAGUCAGGACUCAACUACUCCUGUCUCACUGAGAGUAAGCCAUACCGAAGAAGAGACAGAGAGAGCUCCUGAGCAGGCUUUGACCCCUGACCUCCAGGUGUGGAGGUGUACCAUGUGUUCUCCCGCUCGGGGGGCGUGAACCCAUCUCUGCUGUGAGGAGUCGUCCUGUGGGACCAUGGGAACAUCGACGCUGGGGAAGGCAGCCCCCCUCAACAUGCUACUGGAUGCCUGCAUCCAGGCUUUUAAUGACAAUGGGGAGUUGCAGUCCAACCCGCUCCCUCGCACCCUGCUGCUGAUGCAUCGCUGGUAUGUCACGUCCACAGAGCUGGCCGGGAAGCUGCUCGUGAAAUACCGUGACUGCCAGGGAGAUGAGUGCCACAGAACGAGACUGAAGAUCUGCUAUUUAAUGAGGUACUGGAUUACGGUGUUUCCUGCAGAGUUUAACCUGGACAUGGGCCUUAUACGGCUCACUGAGGAGUUCAGAGACGUGGCGGCUCAGCUGGGCUGUGAGGAACACUACAAACUCAUUGACAUCUCCACCAUCCCGUCAUAUGACUGGAUGAGAAAGCUGACCCAGAGGAAGAAGCAAGCCAAGAAGGGCAAAGCCUCACUCCUCUUUGACCACCUGGAGCCCAUGGAGCUGGCGGAACACCUCACGUUCCUGGAGUACAAGUCCAUCAGGAGGAUAUCAUUCACAGACUACCAAAGCUAUGUGAUGCACGGAUGUCUGGUGGACAACCCAACGCUGGAGCGCUCCAUCGCCCUGUUCAACGGAGUCUCCCAGUGGGUUCAGCUCAUGGUGCUCAGUAAGCUGACUCCCCAACACCGUGCUGAGGUCAUCACCAAAUACAUCAACGUGGCCCAGAAACUCCUCCAACUGCAGAACUUUAAUACACUGAUGGCCAUGGUUGGAGGUCUGAGCCACAGCUCAAUUUCCCGUCUGAAGGAGACCCACUCUUAUCUAGCACCCGAGGUCAAUAAGAUCUGGAAUGAGAUGACGGAGCUGGUCUCCUCCAAUGGGAACUACUGUGCUUACCGCAAGGCCUUCACAGACUCCGGAGGCUUCAAGGUCCCCAUCCUGGGAGUCCACCUGAAGGACCUGAUCGCCGUGCACGUGGUCUUCCCCGACUGGGUGGACGACGACAAGGUGAACAUCGUAAAGAUGCAGCAGCUCUACCUCACCUUCAACGAGCUGGUGUCCCUGCAGAGUGCUGCAGCCCAGGUGGAACCAAACAUGGACCUCAUCUACCUGCUCACUCUCUCUCUAGACCUUUACUACACUGAAGAUGAGAUAUAUGAGCUAUCCUUGUUAAGGGAACCACGGAACCCAAAGUCUUUGCCUACUUCUCCAACAACCCCCAACAAGCCAAUGGCCCCUCUGGACUGGGCAUCAGGUGUGACAGCCAAACCUGACCCCAAUGUGGUGAACAAGCACAUCAGGAAGGUGGUGGAUUCUGUAUUCAGGAACUACGACCAUGACCAUGAUGGCUACAUCUCUCAGGAGGACUUUGAGAGUAUUGCUGCCAACUUUCCUUUCUUGGACUCUUUCUGUGUGUUGGACAAGGACCAAGAUGGCCUGAUUAGUAAGGAUGAGAUGAUGGCUUACUUCCUGAGGGCCAACCCCUUGCUCCAGUGUAAAAUGGGCCCUGGUUUUAUCCACAACUUUACGGAGAUGACGUAUCUGAAGCCUACCUUCUGCGAGCACUGUGCUGGAUUUCUCUGGGGAAUAAUCAAACAGGGAUACAAGUGCAAAGAUUGCGGUGUGAACUGCCAUAAGCAGUGCAGAGAGCUGUUGGUACUGGCCUGUAGGAAGCUGCCGCGUUCCACCUCUUUGCAAAGUGUCUCCCCUGGAGGCCUGACCCACAGCUCUCUACCCAGCAGCCCCACCAUGCCCACCUUCAAGGAUGAGGACGAGAUGUUUGAGUUCCCCUCGGUGACACCUGGAGGUUCUGACCUGGAGCAUAAGUCCAUCACCCUGAUGACGUGCUCAGCCCAGCGGAUCUCUGUGGGUUUACAGCGGGCCACCACCAGCCAGGCCACGCAGACGGAGCACCUGUGGUCAGAGCACACCUGGGGGGCUGGGGAUGGGGGCUCCCACACCUUCCCCAAGAUGAAGUAUCGACCACACCGGCAGGCCUCCAAGAGCAAAGGCUUUGCCCGCUGGGAGAACGAGGCCCAGAAGGAGCCCAGGGGUCGGCGGGGAUCCCAGGAGCAGACGGACAGACCUGCAGAGGUGGUGCAGAACGGGAUAAUACCACACAGAGAGAAGGACAGCUGACUUGGAGACACCAAGGGCCGAACCCAGGGCUCCAGGAGGCCCUUGGAAGCCCGCAUCAGGAAGCUCUCCUCACUGGGCGAAGUACUUGGCUGCUUGAGGCCCUCGUUUGGUGACCUGGAGUAAGAUGGACAGGUGUUCAGUGAACCACAUAUGAAUACUGAUGUUUAAUCCCGAACCAGGGAUGUGAGUGAUGGGACUGAAAAAGCCCUUGUACUCAAUGCUCCCCAGCUCUACACAACCUGCCUUCACAACCCAUCAGUGUCAUUGGAAAAGGAUCCUGGACUACUUACAGUACAUGUGAUUUAGGUUUGUUGGGGCUCACCAGUGUUUGACUGACUGAACGUAAAUGAGCGGGUGUCCACCUGUGCCUGUAUGAAUGUCGGAGCAUGUACAUGCUUCCUAUUGAAUUUCUGUGUGGUCUGUGGAGCACAUAUGUGUGUUAUCUACUGUUGAUUUGCUGAAAGAAUUAAGUUAUUUGGGUCACGUGGCUUAGUUACAAUAAUGUAUCAUGUUGGAUUGACAUUUUGAGGACACUGUGAAUGUUUUAUGAUGGACUGGGUGGGGGAUGCAAAGUGAGAAAGCAUUUGGAGAUGUGAGAAUGCAUUAAUAAGAGAUCAAGAUGUAAAGCAAUAGAAAGUUAAAGGUGAAGAUGAAUAUGAGGGAAAAAGUGGCAGGUACAUUGUUUCUAAGGGUAAUGGAUUAAAAGUGGCAUGACAUGUGGCAUGACAACUGAUGGUUGUUUAUGAGCCAGUUCUGGAAUACAAGAAAUGGUACUUUUUAUUUUCGCAUGAAGAAAAGAACAAUACAAACACUGAGAGUUGUGUUAUACAUUUAAGGAAAAGUUGUCUUUUGGUUAGUCAAGAAAGCGUUAUUGUUUUCAGUCUUAUUAUUUCAAAGGGAUUUGAACUCUGUAUCCACUCAGGACAAUGAGGUAAACUACAGAUACUUUACAUUUAUUUAUGGGUUUAGGUAUGUGAUAUUUCAUAUAGUCAGGCGAUUCAAUGUUUAAAGUAUUCCCGUUAUUUCAAAGCCUUGCAGGAUGAAUAUGUGAAUAUGGGUCAACAAUGUUUCUCAUUGUCCACAUCAAUAGAGACACCAUUUGAGUGACCUUUUUUCAUCAGCUGAAGAAUCAAGCCUGUUGCAUUCAGGCAGAGGUAAUGGAAUCUCCACUAAGCCUUCAGUCAGUGGAGCACUGAUUACGCACUUGCUUACAGUGGCACCAGGUGUGAGCCCAGGUGCUUGUGCUGUGGUUGCCAGGCAUCAGUUGAGUGAGCAGGUAAGUUCCUCCAUCACCAAGGAUACAGCAGGUUACGUAAGGGGAGGGAGUUUAUUUUCAUCUGUAGAGAGACUUCUUGUAGGGCCUCAAGGUAGGGACAAGUAGGUACGGGCAGGUGAGUUUGACAUGGAGGUCUCUGUAAUGACAAUAGAGUCUGACCUUCUGUUCGACACAGUAAGACAGAGCCAAGAACAGGACUGCAGGGUCAGAGGAUUCCAUGUUGGGGGAGGAGCAUGGGGGAAAUAUUGUGUAUAUUUGCAAGAGAUAUCCAAGGCUUCAUAUACAAGAGCUAAAAAGGUCCAAUGCAGCCGUUUUUUUUUUAUCUCAACAUCAAAUCAUUUUUGUGUAACAAUUAAGUACCUUACUGUGUUUCUUUUUGACCAUUUUAAUUGAAAACAAACACAUAGAUUCUUAGCAAAGAGCAAUUUCUCAAGCAAUAAUUUUGCUAGGACUGUCUGGGAGUGGUCUGAGAGGGGAGGGGAAAACUAGCUGUUAUUGGCAGAGAGGUUUGGAACUCUCUUUCUUAUUGGACUAUUAACUCAUUUACAUCCUGGUGAUGUCACCAGGCAGACCAAAGCUCUGUCCCACCAAAACAGGCUGAAAGUUCAGGCAGUCUUUUCAAACAGCUCUUGUGCAAAGGGCAUUAUGGAAAUACACUGCAUAUAAAACACAGGAAAUUGCGUUUUUGACUGCACUGGGCCUUUAAGGGAUGACAAUGAUUCAGUGCUUCGUGGGUGACACGAGUCAGUGCAAUAUCACUCUCCUUGCUGCUGGACUACUCAUGGAUAAUGUGUUAUUCCUGCAAGGUCUCCUAAACCCACAAUAUCACCAUACCUGGCUGAAAUCAAGGACAGCAAAGUGUUGUGAUGCCACAGAGGUUCUUUCCAUAUGCUUGGCUGAGCUGCUUUCGAGUACAUUGGUUUGCAUAAGUUCUCAUUGAUCUUGGUGCCAGAUCUUAUAUAGCUCUACUGGGGUUGUUACGUGUUGGGUAUUGAGAACAUACACAUGCAUGUAUAAUGUUACACUAAUGAAUGCCACUAAGCUGACCUUUGAAUUCUCUGCUUGUCUCACACUCACAUACACUUAUAUAUACAAAAGUAUGUGGACACCCCUUCAAAUUUGUGGAUUUGGCUAUUUCAGCCACACCCAUGCUGACAGGUGUAUAACAUCAAGCACACAACAUUAGCAGUAGAUUGGCCUUACUGAAGAGCUCAGUGACUUUCAAUGUGGCACCGUCAUAGGAUGCCACCUUUCCAACAAGUCAGUUCUUAAAAUGUCUGCCCUGCUAGAGCUGCCCUGGUCAACUAUAAAUGCUGUUCUUGUGAAGUGAAAACGUCUAGGAGCAACAACAGCUCAGCCGCAAAGUGAUAGGCCACUAAAGCUCACAGAACGGGACUGCCGAGUGCUGAAGCACGCAGUGCCUAAAAAUGGUCUGUUAUCAGUUGCAACACUCACUGCCGAGUUCCAAACUGCCUCUGGAAGCAACGUCAGCACAAUAACUGUUUGUUGGGAACUUCAUGAAAUGGGUUUCCAUCAGUGGAGGCUGCUGAGGGGAGGACAGCUCAUAAUAAUGGCUGGAACGGAGAAAAUGGAAUGGCAUUAAACACAUGGAAACCGUGUUUUGAUAAGAUGGCGUCGAAGAGGAUAGCUGACUUUUUACAUGCUCCUAACCAACAUUUUUUUUGCAACUUAUUUCUUAACUUAUUUUGUAUGUAAUGUUGCAGCUACCGUCUCCUAUGACUGAAAAUAACUUCUGGACAUCAGAACAACGAUGACUCACCACGAACUGGAAGAAGCUAUAUCCCUUAACGAAUCCGACGAGAAGGAUAUACUGCUUUCCUGGGAACAGGCCCAAAUCCCCAUAAUUUGCGUGAAGAAAAGACGGAGGAAAAGAGGGCAAAGUUCGAGCUGCCUUCUGAGAAUCCGUAGGCGAGCGAGUAAACUCCCACUGCCAUCGGUUCUACUUGCUAACAUGCAAUCAUUGGAAAAUAAAAUUGAUGACCUACGAUUACCCUACCAACGGGACAUUAAAAACUGUAAUAUCUUGUUACACCGAGUCGUGGCUGAAUAACGACAUGGAUAAUAGAGCUGGCAGGAUUUUCCAUGCACCGGCAAAACAGAGAAGAAGCUAUGUCUGGUAAAACGAGGGGUGGGGGUGUGUGUCUUUUUCUCAAUAACAGCUGGUGCGCGAUAUCUAAUAUUGAAGAAGUCUCAAGGUAUUGCUCGCCUGAGGUAGAGUACCUUAUGAUAAGCUGUUGACACACUAUCUACCAAGAGAGUUCUCAUCUAUAUUAUUUAUAGUCGUCUAUUUACCACCACAGACCGACGCUGGCACUAAGACUGCACUCAAUCAACUCCAUAAGGCCAUAAGCAAACAAGAAAAUGCUCAUCCAGAAGUGGCGCUCCUAGUGGCCGGGGACUUCAAUGCAGGAAAACUUAAAUCCGUCUUACCACAUUUUUACCAGCAUGUCACAUGUGCAACCAAAGGGAAAAAAACUCUAGACCACCCUUACACCACACACAGAGAUGCAUACACAACGUGUACUCAAAGCAUCCGCGGACCAACUUGCAAGUGUCUUCACUGACAUUUUCAACCUCUCCCUGACCGAGUCUCUAAUACCUACAUGUUUCAAGCAGACCACCAUAGUCCCUGUGCCCAAGGAAGUGAAGGUAACCUGCCUAAAUGACUACCGCCCGGUAGCACUCACGUCGGUAGCCAUGAAGUACUUUGAAAGGCUGGUCAUGGCUCACAUCAACAGCAUUCUCCCGGAUACCCAAGACCCACUCCAAUUUGCAUACCGCCCCAACAGAUCCACAGGUGACGCAAUCUCAACCAUAAUUGGGUAGAACAGGCUCAUGGUAAUGGCUGGAGAGGAAAUAAGUGGAAUGGUAUCAAAUACAUCCAACACAUGGUUUCUGUGCUUCCAACUUUGUGGCAACAGUUUGGGGAAGGCCCUUUCCUGUUUCAGCAUGACAAUGCCCCCGUGCACAAAGCAAGGUCCAUACAGAAAUGGUUUGUCGAGAUCGGAGAGGAAGAACUUGACUGGCCUGCACAGAGCCCUGACAACUCCCUCAAACACCUUUGGGAUGAAUUGGAACGGCGACUGCGAGCCAGGCCUAAUCGCCCAAUAUCAGUGCCCGACCUAACUAAUGCUCUUGUAGCUGAACGGGAAGCAAGUCCCUGCAGCAAUGUUCCAACAUCCAGUGGAAAACCUUCCCAGAAGAGUGGAGGCUGUUAUAGCAGGGGACCAACUCCAUAUUAAUGCCUGUGAGUUUGGAAUGAGAUGUUUGACGAGCAGGUGUUCACAUACUUUUGUUCAUGUUGUGUAAUUACCACAAAAUGACUUUGCUUGUUUUGAAAAAGGUUCUGAGUUAUCAUGUCUAUAAGGGAUAUUACGACAAUAACAACUUCACUUCUACAACGACAUAGUUUUUUUUGUAUUUGGGACACAGUCCAACAAGACUUUAUAUUAUUUCUGUCAAAUUAUUGUCAACAAUAUUGAUGACACUAUUAUCAACAUUAACUGGCCUACUUGAGAAAAGUGUGUUCUCACUUGAUUGUACGUUUUUCAUCUAUUUUCAUACUGUCUAAUGUAUUGUUUAUGUAGAGCAUUUUCUAGCAUUGUUUAAUUAGCCAUUAUGUGCCAAUUUUAUUUUAUUUGUUGAUGUGGCAAAUUUAUACACAUUUUUAUAAUGUACUGUAUAAAACUACAGAUUUUCAGCACCUAGUAUUCAGUUUAGAAUUGUCAGAUUGUUAUUGAAGGUUACCACAGAAAACUCUCAUUCAAUGCUUUCCUGAAACCAAUCAUAUGGCAGUGUUUUUACUCCUUGUGUAUUUUUUGAAACAGUGCAAUGCACCGUCUCUAGCCCUGUUACCUGCUGACAGUCUUUGUUUGAGGGAAAAGUAAAGCCAACACAUAUUCUGAGGCCCAAAAAACUGUCACUGCAGUCCAAUAUCAGAUCCAUUAGUAGAGAGGCAGAAUUCACUAACUAAUCAAACUUGAAUACUGGAUUUAUGUAUAUAAUAUGAAUGCACCCCUGGCUGAAGCUGAAGCGCGGCUGGGUCAUGCAGCAAGACAAUGAUUCAAAACACACAAUCAAGUCUACAUGAAAAUGGUUAAAUAGCAAUAAAAAAAAAGAAACUUCAUAGGCUACAUCCAAAUAUAUACAUUACCUCUGUCAAAAUGACAAUUUUUAUUUAUAUACACAUUACCUUGAUGGAUUAUGUUGGGGUCAUGGUCUUUAAAAACAUAGUGUAUUUUUGAACAAAGGAAAAAUAAAGAAAAAUAAGUGAUGAUAAUAUAAUGUAUUUAUAGAAGUUUUACAUUAUUCCUAUGAACCAUCUGCUGUUAGUAGCCUACUCAUUUCCCAUAUCUUUUCAUAUUUCACUUGUAUGUAUAAAUCUGCUCUAUACUGUGCUUCAAUGUUGUCCUGUUCCAUCUUGUCGACCAUGUGCUAUGGGUUGACUUGCCAAAUCUGUCUUCUCUCUCUAUCCCUGCUUAGACCUAUGUGUGGUGUAUUUUCACUGGGGGGCACCAUGUCUUAAAGAUAAACCCCUGGAGUGCUAAGAAUUCUGUUUCUCCAUAUGUGGCAUGUAAACUAUCGACCUUUACACUGUAAACGGCCAAAUAAAGAAUUGACUCCUGUUUAUCA